CUUGUGAUCCACUUGACAUUUUUACAGUGCAAAACCACCCUAUCCACGGUGUAGUUCUUCAUCUGGUCCGUCUCCUUUUAUGUCCUCCAAUAGCGUUUUAAGGUCGUCUCCAUAAAGUUCUGAAAAGUUGUUAAGUUAAUCCCCAGAUGUUGCAUGGUCAGGGUUCACCACAAACAUGAGAGGUGUCUCUCUGUCUAUUUCCUCCUUGUGUGCUGCUGACAGAGACGACUGGAUUUUAUAAAUUGAUCUUGCCUUUGGCAGCCUUGCUGAACUAAUUGCUUCUAACAAUUUGCUGAUGUCUUCUGGGUGUUACAUGUGGAGAGUCACGUCGCCUGUGCACACAAUGGAGAGGAAGGGAGACUUUAGGAGUUCCGGCUAAGUGUUGUAACCAUUCCAGCUGGUGAAGCUCCCAUCUGCCUGGCUCUGUCAGAAGACUGUCUCCCACAGUCCUCAGCCCUUGGCCUCAUGUACUUGCUUUGGGAAAGUGGAUCUCUCUUCCUCCUCUAUGAAUGAUAGCCUGCCUGACGCACAGCGUGAGGAAGAGCGGUGCCUUGCCUUCUUCCGUUCACUUCCUCUACUUCCUUCCCUGUGGUGUGGGGUCUGGCAGCUGGUGGCAGAGCUUCCCGAUCUCUGAAUUUCUGAGUGAUCCCUGCUCAUCUCCUUAGCCAUCUUUGGGCCCUUAUGCCUACAAGGACAUUCUAGGUAGGUGACGCCAGUCGGUGGCUCGAGAGACUUUCAGAUCAGACUUGGUGUGAACCUUCUGUCCCACAUCAUUGGGUAAGGCGAAGACAAGAUCUUCCAGGUCGAGUUCUGUAGCGUGGACAGUUGGCCACGCCUUUUCUUCUCUCUGUGGUGCUGACCACUGAUAGAUGCCACCCCCUCCUGGCACUUUGGUUUGUUCAGGAACCUUGUGCCAUUAGAUGUAAUGGAAUCUCAGCACGUGUAAUGGAUCGUAUUUUAAGUGCCUAAGCCGUUGCAAUGGCUAAUUCAAGCUUCAAAUUCUGGCCCCUUAUCGUUGUCCCACUUCAUUGGCAAGAACUAGCUGCAAAAUUUGUGCAAUGCGGGUGUGUAGAUGGGAACAUAUACACACCAAUAAGGGCUUGUGUUCCUGAUGGCGGGGCAGGGAGCAGUCUCAAUUUUUGGAAUAAAGGCAACUGAGUGAGGGGAAGGCUCUCCCUGCUGACUUGGAGUCCUGGGAACUUGCCUGUGUACCAUGCAUGUUGGGUGUAGCUGAAAGAGACACUCGUCUGUCUGGUUCUAACAGAGACCUUUAUUGUCGCUUAGAACCACUCAGCUAACCACACCCCAUCGCCUACUAAUAGAGGUCAUCUUGGUGGAUAAUGGCAAAAAAAAGAAAAAAGCAGUAAAAGUAAACCGUGUCGCCUGGAAAUGCCACUAGUCACUCCUGUUACAACAGACCUCCAUGGGUUUCCCUGUCUCAAUGGCAACAGGACUCAUAUAAAGGCACUCAGAGCCAACUACAGGCAAAUUGCUUUCUCUCUUAGCCAGCUGAGCAGGUGGGUGGGUUAGGCAAGAAUUGGGUGUGAUACAAACAGGGAAAAGGAGCCGGAGUCCUCCGAGGGAGGGGGAAGCAUCUGUGUUACAUUACCAUCCCUGAGAGUGCAUGAAGGCACGGAGUCCACAGGGAAAAGAGAAGCUGGCGGCCGCCCAGGGGCGUGGGAUGGUGGUGGAAUUUAAUACUGCAUAAGCACCCUGAGUUUUAGUUGGCGCUGUGCCCCACCCAGCUCUCCAUUGUGGCGUGAUUGCCUCCAGCGACUAUUUGGAUAUCUUGGGCUGUGUUUAGUUAGACGCUCGAGAGGUAGAAGGAGGUGGCAGGCUCUCUCCUCUCGGUACUCAUCGGGUCACAGUCUCAUUCCCCAGCAUCACCUUGAAAGAGGGCUCAAGACAAGCCAGGAUGUACCCUAAAGAGUCCUUCAGCACGCUGGUGGCUUUCUAGAAGAUGACCAUUGAGGACCUCCCGGAUUUUCCAUUGGAAGGAAGUUCGCUGAUCGGAAGAUACCCGUUUUUAUUCACAGGCUCUGACACACCGGUCAUCUUCUCCAUUUCUGCAGCACCAAUGCCUUCGGACUGUGAGUUUUCUUUCUUUGAUCCCAACGACGCGUCGUGUCAGGAAAUUCUCUUUGAUCCCAAAACGUCAGUCUCAGAAUUAUUUGCUAUUUUAAGACAGUGGGUUCCUCAGGUCCAGCAAAACAUUGACAUUAUUGGAAAUGAGAUUCUCAAAAGAGGCUGCAAUGUGAAUGAUAGAGACGGACUGACGGACAUGACUCUGUUACAUUACACUUGCAAGUCUGGGGCUCAUGGCAUCGGUGAUGUUGAGACAGCUGUAAAAUUUGCAGCUCAACUUAUUGAUCUGGGAGCAGACGCGAGUUUGCGGAGUCGCUGGACAAACAUGAACGCCUUGCAUUACGCUGCAUACUUUGAUGUCCCAGAGCUUAUAAGAGUGAUUUUGAAGACAUCAAAACCAAAAGAUGUGGACGCCACUUGCAGCGACUUUAAUUUCGGGACAGCCCUGCACAUUGCAGCGUACAACUUGUGUGCGGGAGCUGUGAAAACCUUACUGGAGCAUGGAGCCAAUCCUGCAUUUAGGAAUGACAAAGGACAGACCCCUGUGGAUGUUGUCCCGGACCCGGUGGACAUGCCUCUGGAGAUGGCCGAUGCCGCAGCCACCGCUAAGGAAAUCAAGCAGAUGCUCUUGGGUGCGACGCCUCUGGCCUGUCCCAUCCCUAAGGCCGUGGUUCCAAACUGUGAUCAUGUCACCAGCAAGGCCAUGCUGACCUCUCUUGGCCUGAAGUUGGGGGACCGGGUUGUCAUCGCAGGGCAGAAGGUUGGGACAUUAAGGUUUUGUGGAACAACAGAGUUUGCAAGUGGGCAGUGGGCUGGCAUUGAGCUGGAUGAACCGGAAGGAAAAAACAACGGAGGUGUUGGGAGAGUCCAGUACUUCAAGUGUGCUCCCAAAUACGGUAUUUUUGCGCCCCUUUCAAAGAUAACUAAAGUAAAAGAAGGAAGGAAAAACGCCACGCACACUCCUUCCACGAGAGCGGCGCCUCACAUCCGGUCCCAGAAGGUUGAUGUAGCUCACGUCACAUCCAAAGUGAAUUCUGGGUUGAUGUCAUCAAAAAAAGAGCCUGCUUCUGAAUCCACACCCUCACUGCCUCCCAGUGAAGAAGUCAAGACUGUAGCAGACAAUGAUGUUCCCCAGCCUGGGUCCAUCAGCAGCUCCUCCUCCACAUCCUCGCUGGACCACAAGCAGAGCCACCCCAAGAAGCUGGCCACAAGCAGCGGCGGCGGCAGCAGGAAGACCCUCAGCAAAAGCCCCUCUCUCCCGUCCAGAGCCAGUGCUGGUUCGAGUUCUUCAGCACCAUCUGCAGCGAAUAACGCCCGGCGAGAAGGAGAACUCCGUCUUGGAGAAAGGGUGCUGGUGGUCGGCCAGAGAGUGGGGACCAUUAAGUUCUUUGGGACAACAAACUUCGCUCCAGGGUAUUGGUACGGCAUAGAGCUGGAGAAGCCCCAUGGGAAGAAUGACGGUUCUGUUGGAGGUGUGCAGUAUUUCAGCUGUUCUCCGAGAUACGGAAUAUUUGCGCCCCCCUCCAGGGUGCAGAGAUUAUCAGAUUCCCUGGAUACACUUUCAGAAAUAUCUUCAAAUAAACAGAAUCACUCUUAUCCUGGUUUUAGGAGAAGUUUCAGCACAACCUCUGCUUCUUCCCAAAAAGAGAUUAACAGGAGAAAUGCUUUUGCCAAGUCCAAGACCACGCUGCGCCGCAGCUGGAGCAGUACGGCCACGGCGGGUGGCCUUGAGGGGACCGCGAAGCUGCACGAGGGAUCUCAGGUCCUGCUCACGAGCUCGAACGAAAUGGCCACCAUUAGGUACGUGGGCCCCACGGACUUUGCCUCAGGCAUCUGGCUUGGACUGGAGCUCCGAAGCGCCAAGGGGAAAAAUGACGGCGCCGUGGGUGACAAGCGCUAUUUUACCUGCAAGCCAAACUACGGAGUGCUGGUUAGGCCAAGCAGAGUGACCUACCGAGGGAUUAAUGGGUCAAAGCUCGUGGAUGAGAGCUGCUAAGUGUCUUGAGGCAUUAAGUGAGCUCCUCUGAAUAUGUAUAUGUGCUAGGUGUAAAAUAGGGUCUAUGACAAAGGGUUUACUUUAUUUAGAUACUAUAUAAAAGCAGAAAAUACAAUAAUCUUCACUUAAAAAAAAAAAAAAAAACUCCAAAGGAACACACAUCUGAACUUUGAGGGUCAUGGUUCUUUUGCAAAUUUCAAAAUAAGCACUUUGAAAAACUAGGUCCCAAGAAAAUUCUGGGACUCAAAAAAAAAAAGAAUGUGCUUUUAAGCGAUGUGUGAGGGCGACUUUGCCACUCGGCUUCAUUUUUGCACAUGGUGUCACCGUCUUCACAGAGGUGAAAGUUCUCACCAGCUUCGUGAUGCUCACGAGGAGAUCUGUGUCCUGUCCAAGCGUCCUGGAAUGUUCCUUUCUGUCUGGGGUUUGUUACUCAAAAGUACCAAGAGAGCAGCUGCUACACAUACCUGGUGUAUCUUUUAUGUUCGGUAAACGCACUAGCCCUUUUCCGGAAAAGGCUCCUGUGAGCACUUAGAACGUGGGAGGAGGGUGGGGCUUUGCCAGUGUCUGGCUCCACCUUGCACCCAGUGACAACCACGGAGAUGGAAUUCCUUUGACCAGAACCACCGACUAGUUGGUUAACAGAGCUGAGAGUGAUCGGGGGUCUCCUGACUCAGCACACGCCUCUGCAAACAGUGCUCUCAGGUUUCCCCUCUGCAGCUGGACGGUCCCAUCUCUGCACGCACCACAAGAGGCUCGCGGUUAAGUUUAUGACCUCAAGGCAGAAUUUUUUUGCACACUUGUUUAACAUUGUAUGUUCCUGACACACGCACAGCACUUUUGAAACAUGAUGCACUUUUCUUCUCUUUAUUUAUAUAUAUAUUUUUUGAGACUUUGCCAUCAUCUCCUCCUGGGAUAUGAAAAACAUCAAAGAAGUAUUUCACAGAAGAAAGUAAAUUAAAACGCGUUAGGCGGGGUGUGUUGUCCGUUUGGAUGUUCAUGGUGUCUGGGCUUGGGGUGGGGUGGGGUUAGCCGUGGCUGCUGCGCUGUGCCUGUUAACAUGGCCACAGAGCUGCUCCAAUGCGCUCAUUGUCUUGGGCACAUGUUAAACUAAGCCUCCUGAUAGCGAUGCGAUACCCUCACAUUCGUCUUGUGGAUAUGGAUUGACGUUUCUGUCCUGUUUCGUAUAAACGUUCAUCCUCUAUUGUAAAUACUUAGACUUGAAACGACCACACAAAUAUUGGAACAGUUUGCUUUAUAAAAUUAAAAGUAUCCUUCAGGGUGGAACUUGCUUUGUGCUUCGAAAUAUACUCUGCUGAACUAUUUUGCAAUAUGCUAUCUUAAAAAUCUAACUCCGGUCACUUGGUUGCCUUUUUUUUUUUUUUUUUUAAAGUGUGGUAUUUCAAAUAGAGUUAUUUUCCUGAAAUAUAUUUGCACACUCAAGCUGCUUUAUAAUCAAGGAAUAUUUUUAUUGAUUGAAGAAAAUGACUGCUGCAACUCAAAAGUGAACUUAUUUUAUUAUAGAGAUGAUUUCUUAAAAUCUAUUUAUACCGUAAUAAAAAAAAUAUCCACAACAAGAGCGAGCCUGGGAAUCUGUAGUUCUUCCUGUUCUAUACUAAACACUGUUAGAGAAGCAGUGUCAACACUGAACUUAUUUUUGAGGUCAAAAGCCAGUUGUUCUGUUCGUAUUUAGAUGGGGAUUAUUAAAUCCACAUAGUGUAUAUGCUUAUGUAUGCUACAUGCGCAAGUUAGGUGUUUUUGUGUGUGUGUUUUGCUUAUUAAAUAUCAUUCGGAUUCACUUCUUGAACACUAAUAAAAAGGGAAGAUGCUGGA